CUGCUCUGCCACAGAGAGAUGACGCGAAGGCCCAGCAGCAACCGCCGCACUGACGCCGAGCCCACCGCCAUGCGCCCGCUGCUCUUUUUCCCUCCGACAGGCGCCGCUGGCUCCUCCCCUUUAAGGAGCCGGGGCGGGGCCGCGCUUGCUGCAGGAACCUGCCCUUUAACAGCGCUCUCUCCUUUCCUCGCUGGUGCCGCUGCCAAAAGCCAGCUCGCCAGUCCCCGCCGGCCCCCGGAGGAGCCUCGGCCUCGCCAUGGUGUCCUGGAUCAUCUCCCGGCUGGUGGUGCUGGUUUUCGGCACCUUGUACCCAGCAUACUCCUCUUACAAAGCUGUGAAGACGAAAAAUGUGAAGGAAUAUGUCAAAUGGAUGAUGUAUUGGAUUGUGUUUGCUUUCUUCACCACAGCAGAGACACUCACAGACAUCAUUCUCUCUUGGAAAUCGAUGAGUAUAUCAGCCAGGCCCGUGACAAGAGUUAUGAAACUAUGAUGCGAGUUGGCAAGCGAGGAUUAAAUUUGGCAGCCAAUGCAGCAGUUACUGCAGCUGCAAAGGGCCAAGGAGUUUUAUCUGAAAAACUACGGAGUUUCAGCAUGCAGGACUUGACUUUGAUUCGGGAUGAUGACACUGUGCAUUUACGGAGCCCUGAGCCACGCAUGCGUACUUCUGCUACUGGUCAUCUUGAAACUGUUGAUGAUUCAGGUGCAUCCUGUUAUUCCUCAUCGGAAGAGAUGACUCUGUCUCAAAGACAUAAUGGGGCCCAGUCUGAUGCCAGAACAGACCCAUCAGAUGACGAUACAGGAGACAAAGUUCCCAAACGGACCCAGAGCCUUAAAGCUCCUAAGAAAGUGACAAAGACUGAGCCCCCACAAAAGACUGUCAAAGCCCGUCCCAAGAAGAAAGUUACAGGUUCCAGUGCUGCUGGCGAGUCAGCCUAAGGACAUCCCAGCCUGUCUGUCCUAGGGCUCUUCAGACACUUUGAUGAGCACUCUCCAAGGAAAGGGAGCUGAGAUCAUGUACAUAACAGCUACUGCUUUGUAGAGCUCAUUCCAAGGCAAGAGGGUGACUGAAAUUUGGCACACAGAUUAGAGGAUGGCCAUCCUCAGGAAUUAUUUACACUUCAUCUCUGUGAUGGAGAGAAUGCUAAUCUGUCUGUACAUAGCCUGUUGUUUUGGGAUUCCCUCUCUGUGUGUAACCCUAAUAGGGAAACUCUUUGCUGGAACAACUCUUCAAUUAGGGUUAGAGCCAUCUUUGACAGAGAGGCUGGAAGAAGAAAAAAAUCAAGACGGGUGCCACUGAAAUUCUAAUUGGAGGUGGGGAGCUUCCCAAUAAUAUUUCAGCAUUUCACUGGUUGUCAUGCUGUAGCUGCUGUGGGGAAUUGUUAGGAAGUGCCUGGAGCAAAGUGACUGGUACUGAGGGAAAGUGUUAUCUAAACUCAUUUGGGCAGAAGCAAGAGACAAAAGUGUAGGUUUGCUUGGUGCUUUGCUACAUGGGCAACUGCUUGCCUGUGGGAUUGGGUAAAGUGGUAUUUUUUGCAGGGAGUCUGUAGAUGUUUGGGAGAGGGGUGGAAGGUGAGAAUGCAAGCGGCUGGCUUCUUUACCACUAUCUGGUGCCUAUUUCUAAGCAGCCUCUUUUGCUUGGUUGAAAGCGUUUUAACUCUGCUCAUGGUAGAUGUUGCGAUGGUAGAACUAUUUGCAUGGUUUUUUUCAAGUAGAAUAAGGCUGGGAGGAAGGUGAUGAAGCUAAGAGGACCACGGUUGGAGCAGGGCGGGUGAGGAUGCCUCGGCACACAUCAGUCUCUCCAAAGAGUUGAAAUCCUGAAUUGCCACUGUCUAAGAACCAAACACUUUGGCCCCCUGCUUCAGAGUUGCCUUUAUAUUUUACAGGUCAGUCUGUUUUCUGUAAGAAUUGUUUGGAAAAGGCAUGUGUAUGGAAGAAGCUGGAGGAAAUAUGGAUGGUACCUUAAGUUUCUGCUGUGUUCUUAAUUAUGCUUUAUUUGCACUGGGAAUAUAAGGUUGGAGCUCGAUCAGUGUAGCCUGAUAAGUAGGCAAAAAGUAGCAGCCCUUUUUGGAGCUUUUCUGGCAUUUUGUAAUGAGGUAAAUAAGUGAUGGGACAUUCCUAAAUGAUUCCAUGGGUGGAUAAGGGAUAACGUUACUUGGCUCUCAGGAACUACUCAUUUCUGCCACCACUGACUUCCAUCAUUCCCUCUUAACUCUGGUUACAUUUUGGAGGCAAGAUUAUUUAGUGUUUGAGGCUAUCAUAGAAUUGUAGCAUUGGAAGGGACCCUGAGGAUCAUCUAGCCCAACUCCUUGCAGUGCAGGAAUAUGCAGCUGUCCCAUACAAAGAUCAAACCUGCAACCUUGGCAUUAUUAGCACUACGCUCUAACCAUCUAGCAUUCUCUGAAAAACUGAAUUCAGUUUUGUAUCAAAUCAAAUGUAUAAAUAAAUAAUGAUAAACAUUUCUGUUCCAGACAGUUUAACAUAUACAGAUAUGACUGUCCUGAUCUAGGACUAUAGUGCAGGGAUACUGAGACACAUAGUAUAUAGAUAAACCCUGCUGUUCUCUAACCUAGCCCUUUAAUAAAUUAUCCAACUUCUGAAUAUGUGCCAAAGCCACUAGUCUUUUAAAUAGUGGAGCAAAUAUAUGAGAUCUAACAGUGCUGGAAACAAAUUUCAGUUACCUUCAUCUACUAUAGGUUAAUGGCAAAUCGGGCUGAUGUUGGGUAUGCAACAUGCCCACGCAGCUGCUUCACUAUGCAGUUUAAAUCCUGAUUUUUCACUACAGGCUGACAUGUACUGCUUCCUAAAUAAGUUUUUUAAGAAGCUAACCUCCAUUGAGUUCUGUGAGACUGCUUCCUAAUCAGUGUACUUUAGGAUUGCACCUUUAGGCACAUUUUUUAAUUUGUAUAUUUUCAGAGAAGAGAAGGCUUAUCAUUAAGAUUCCAUAGUUGAAGAGACUCCUUUUAUCCUCUUCCAAAUCAGUUACAAACGUGCACUCGUGUGCUGUACGUACUUCUCUUCUGGACACCUGAUAGUUCAGCCUAUGCAAGUUCAAAGAAAAUGAAUCACAACAUUUUUGCCAUUCUUUUUGGCAGCGGCUGUUUAA